GGAGGAAACCAACUUGGAAACACCGCGGACGGAGCGAAACAAAGUCCCACUCGGUGAAGACUCGAGCGGCUCCUUGGUCGGCAUCUCAGGACCGGGUAGAAGGGAACAGCACAGUCCGCUUUGUAAUAUAAAAAACACGAUUUUACAGGUGCUCUGCAUUACUAGAAGUUUUCAGGUUUGCUUGAGAAACUUUCGGCGUGUCUUCUAUCGAGUGCGCUCCUGUCCGAUUUUGGAAACGAGUGACCCGUCUCCACAUGCCUUCUUCUAGCCGCUAGUCAACUUCAUCGACCAGUCACGCUUCACGACUCUGGAGAGAAGCUCCGCGGCGCCGCCGAGCUCCACGCUCAGGACAUGGAUCUAACAAAAGUGGCCGAGAAUCGACGCGGAGAGGGUGGGAGAAGACUCCGAAUAGACCCGCUGUACGCCGUCUUCAUUAUUUGCUUACAAGUUUUAUCCAUCCAGGCUGUUGCCAUCCAGUUCACCAAGGAGCCCAAGUCCCAGGAUGCCCUGCAUGGCCGUAGCGCCAUGCUCCGCUGUGAGGUCAGCGAUCCGACUGACAUCACUUAUAACUGGCUGCUCAAUGGCCAGCUAUUGGAAAACAGCGAGCGCCGCCACCAAGAGGGAAGCAAUCUCAAAUUCCUCACUGUGGAUCGCCGACUGGAUGCAGGAAAUUUUGAGUGUGAGGCACAAAACGCGGCCACGGGAGAGUUGCGCCGCUCCACCAACGCCUCCUUCAACAUCAAAUGGUUAGAAAGCGGUGGUGUGACAUUAAAGGAGCCCAUCUCAGAAGGGGAAAUUGAGAGCUCAGCCCCCGUCACGCUUCGCUGUCACAUUGACGGACACCCACGGCCGACCUGCCAGUGGUUCAAAGACGGGGUUAAACUGACUGAGAAGAGCCAUCAAAUCAACAACAAGGAGCGGACGCUCACAAUCAAGAGCGCCACUCCAGAUGACAACGGUCUGUUCUAUUGUUGUGCCAAGAACGCAGCCGGACACGUCUGUAGCAACAGUAACUUCACUCUCAACAUUAUCGAUAAGAGCUUUCCUCGACCAGUAGUCACUCCCGAGGACCAGGUGGUUCUGAAGAACGAAGAAGCUGUCUUCCACUGCCAGUUUACAGCCGUGCCGCCUCCCGCUCUGGAAUGGUACCAUGAAACCGAGCUGCUGGUUAACAAAACUCGUAUAUUCCUGCUGUCCAACGGGUCACUGCUCAUCACCCAGGUCAAACCCAGGAACACGGGCUUGUACAAAUGUGUUGGCCGCGGUGUCAGCGGCUCCCAAGUCACACACGAGGCUUCGCUACUCAUUGCAGAGAUUGAUGACAUGAAGUCCAAGACGUCAGAGGUUUUCACAGCUGACACCCUGCAGCGGGUCCCUUGCAACGCCCCACGGGGGCGACCCCAGCCCGAUGUUUGGUGGGAGAGAGGCGGUCAGCGGUUGCCCACAGAGGGACGAGUGUACCAGGAUGGCUCGGAUCUGGUCUUCAGUCCAACGGAAGCGGGGGAUUCUGGAGUCUAUACCUGCGUUGCCCAAAACAAGGCAGGCCGCAGGACUCAGGAAGUUAACUUCACUGUGGCCACCUCCCCCGUGUGGGUAACACGGCCCCUAGACAGUCCUUUGGAAGAAGGUAAAGCGGGUUAUCUGCACUGUCAUGCCAAAGCAACUCCUGAACCUGUGGUCACGUGGCUUCGCAACAACAUCAUGAUCACAGCAGAGGAUUCUCGUUUUAAAGUAUUCCCAAACGGCACCCUGAGGAUCAACAACGUCGAGGUGUACGACGGACAGAUGUACGGCUGUGAGACCAAAACAGUGGGUGGCCGACUAUCUGGCCAGGCCAGAGUCACCGUGCUGGAGAAACUCAAGUUCACCCCAACCCCACAACCCUCCCAGUGCCUGGAGCUGGAUAAUGACAUCACCAUCCAGUGCUCGGCUAAAGGCAGAGAAAGUCCCACCAUACGCUGGACUAAAGCAGACGGAGGAGACCUUCCACCUCAUGUGGAGCAGAAAAAUGGCCAGCUUCACUUCUCCAAAGUCACCCGCAGUGAUGCUGGCAAUUACACCUGCAUCGCCUCCAACAGCCUUCAGGGAGAGAUCAGAGCCUUGGUGUCCCUCACAGUGGCAGUGUACAUUCGUUUUAAAGUAGAGCCUGAGAAUACGACAGUGUAUCAGGGCCACACGGCUAUACUGCACUGCCAGGCCACUGGAAAUCCCGAGCCUCACAUCCACUGGAUGGUAAAAGACAAGACGCUGGACAUCAGUCGGAACAGAAGGAUUCAGAAGAUGGCUAAUGGCUCCCUGGUGAUUUCAGACGUCACAACAGAUGACACCGGCAGAUAUACAUGUGUGGCUGGAAACAGCUGCAGCAUCAAAGACCGCGUGGCUCAGCUCUAUGUCGUAGAUAAACCAGCACAGACGCACGACGAGGAUGAAGACAGAGCGCCUUACAAGAUGAUUCAAACCAUCGGCCUGUCUGUGGGGGCGGCUGUGGCGUACAUCAUCGUGGUGCUCGGCCUCAUGUUCUACUGCAAGAAGAGGCGCAACUCCAAAAGGCUGCACAAACGUCCAGAUGGAGAGGAGCCAGAGAUGGAGUGUCUCAAUGGAGGCGCCGUUCAACAAAAUGGCCACACCGCCACUGAGAUCCAGGAGGAGGUGGCACUCACCAACAUGGGUACCAUGGCAACAACCGAGAAGCGCCACAGCCACGCCAACAGUGACAAGCUGCAUUUUCCCCGAGCGAACCUGCAAACAAUCACGACCUUAGGUAAAGGAGAGUUUGGCGAGGUGCUGCUGUCCAAAGCCAAGGGCAUCGAAGAGAGGGAGGAGGAGACGGUGGUGCUGGUGAAGAGCCUCCAGACUCGAGAUGAGCAGCUUCAGCUUGACUUUCGCAAGGAAGCGGAAAUGUUCGGCAAGCUCAGCCACCCCAACGUAGUUCGCCUGCUGGGUCUGUGCAGAGAGGUCGAGCCGCACUACAUGGUCCUGGAAUACUACGACUUGGGAGACUUAAAGCAGUUCCUGAGGAUUUCCAAAAACAAAGAUGACAAAGCGAAAUCUCAGCCUAUCAGCACCAAGACCAAAGUUUCCAUCUGUGCCCAAGUGGCUCGCGGGAUGGAGCAUCUGUCCGUUCACCGCUUUGUUCACAAAGACUUGGCGGCCCGAAACUGCCUAGUCAGCAGUCAGAGACGCAUCAAAGUGUCGUCGCUCAGCCUCAGCAAAGACGUUUACAAAAGUGAGUACUAUCACUACAGACAAGCAUGGAUCCCCUUGCGCUGGCUCCCGUCAGAGUCUGUGCUUGAGGACGACUUCUCUACCAAGUCUGACGUUUGGGCCUUCGGAGUGCUCAUGUGGGAGGUGUUCAGUCACGGAGAAAUGCCGUACACCAAACUUGAAGACAAUGAAGUGCUCGAAGGCCUGCAGAGCGGCAAGCUGAAACUGCCUCCCCCGGAAGGGUGCCCCUCCAAAAUGUACAAGCUGAUGGUCAGCUGCUGGGCCCCCAGCCUCAAGGAGCGCCCCUCCUUCAGCGACAUCGUCCACAAUUUGGGAGAGUCGCCCUCGGACAGCAAAGUGUGAGACGCCGAGAAGGGGAACGCCCUUUCCCCUAUCAAUAAAGACAGCAAUGUCUGACAUUUCAGGGAACAAGAGUUUUAAAUAUGCAUUUCAGACAAAGGAGGGUGUGAAGGAGUUUGCCAUAUCAGAGGAUGCACACUCAAUUUUUUUUUUUUCUCUCCCCGAAUGGUUAUUUACAUGGGAGUCGCGCCGUGAGUUUACGUUUGCCUUAAAUGCAACAUGGAUGACCGCUCGGUUCAACUCCCUGUCUGUGUGAACGCUGAGACUCUUCACAAACUCGGUGCCUCUACCUGUGUGCACACACAUGCAGCUCAAAUCAGCACAACCUGUCAAACAAAGCUUCGGUUUUGAGCGGCCCGAAACGAACGCCUGUGCUUGAACCCAUCCUCAGUGAGCCCUCAUCAUCACGGAUACGCCAAGUGUGUGCGUGUUUUUUUUGUUGUUUUUUUUGGUGGGCUAUGUAAGCUCCAGUAUGUGCAGCUGUUAGCAUGAAGGUGUGUAACUGUUACAAAUGUGAUGUGCAACAUGAAUUGACUUGUUUUAAAAACGAGCCCGGCUAAUGAUGAUGAACAAACAAAAGGAUCUUUUAGAAUGCACCCAAGAAAUAAGACUGUUCCAGUGGAGAUUUUGUAUAUUUUAAUGAGUGUUUUGUUCUUGUAUUAACCUCGAUGUGCUCCCAGUGCACCACAAUAACACGUUAACAUGUUGUGAUGGUGUCCAAAUAGCAGGAAUCCAUUCGAGUAUGUUUAACUUUGCAGAGGUCCAAUCACUUUUCCUCUGGGUCCACUUGUUUCUGUGUGCAAUGUUACAAAAUGGGACCAGUGUACAUAAUGUUAGAGGCCUUGCACUAACUUCACCUAAAACAUCCCUCUUUGUCUCCAUGCAGGUGCCUGUUUAUUUAUUAUGAAGGUCCUGUGUUGUUGUUGUUUUUUUAUAUGAGUAGAUCUGAGGUAGUUCUGCUAUAUGUUCCUCGUUAUGAUUCAGCUCAGUGUGUGCAUAGCCUGGCUAAGCAGCUAUCACAAAGUACAAAAAAAAGAUGGUCAAAAGAGUGACUACUGGUCACCAGUACUUACUAAGUGCCUGGUAAAUGAAGGAUGAUCUAAAAACGCUUCACUUUUUUUUCUCACAUGAAUCAAAUGCCUUUGUGCAUAAAAUAGUUUUUAUAUGUUGUGUUAGUGUAAUAUUUUUUUAAUGAAUGCUAGACACUCACAUGUAGGCAAUUUUUUAAUCUGCUUCCAUGAAAGGGCACCAUCAUAUAUGGAUAUAUAUACACAAGUAUACAUACUGCUGUCAAUAAAGGUUCACAGUUUUUACCCGA